UGACCAGUAAAGUAACUAUACCACCCAUGGGAAAUCCUCCUUUCAAUCCAUAUUAUUUGGGUAAACUUACUGAACUUUGCCCAUUGAUACAAUGGAAUAUAUGGAAAAGCCUCACAACAGGGAAAUACCCUAUUACCAUAGAACAAGCUAGUGGGAACCCUAAAAUUGGAUUAACCACACAUGGUUUAGAUUCUUAA